AUAAAAUAUUUCGAACACUUUUAUAAAUUCUUAUUUUUAUUGUAAUCAUUCGGCUCUGUACCCUAUUGACUUUAGACGCAUACAUAUAUCGAAAGUACUUAUCGGAUAAGUCGAAACUAUUGACCGUCUCUACAAUUGUUGUUAUUAGUAACAACAAUAACAUACAAGAAUGAUUCUACCAUUGUCAAAUUGUUUAUUAAAAUGCAAAUAAAUAUGCUAAAUAUGCAAAAACUAUGAAAAUAUUUCGAUAACUAUAUUUAUUCCCAUGAAAAGAUGGACUAUAUGUUUGCUGAUUUAUUAACACGGGAGGAGUUGUUGAACAUUUUGAUAGAGCGCCAACUGAACUUACCAAAUAUUCAGGAAAUGUCGCAUGGAGAAUUAGUGCGUUUAUACAAAACAUUUGCCCUACCUCUAGCACGUAGGGAAAGGCAUCGUGUCAGGGGUAAAUUGGAAUGCAACAAUUCGAAUGCACAACAUUUGAAAAUAAAUAAUGUCAUAUCUAUGGAUACUGAUGAACCAGAAUAUACUCCACCAUCUCAUCAAAUAUCUCAGACAUCCAACAGUUCGACGACGGAAAAUUCUAUUACGUGUGGGAAAAGAUUGUGUGGAUACAAACAUCUACACCCGUUAACCGAUGAAUAUUUAAGCAUAGCAACAAAACGUAUUAAAAUAGCGUGGUCUUAAAUGGUUCGCAGAAGUAAUUUUAUACGAUUAAAGUCUUAAGAUACAUAUAUCCAAAUACAUGAUCUUCAUUUCAUUAAACAAUUUAUUUCAAAAUA